AUGACCCUCCUCUCCCCGCAGCCGCCCUCGUCCCCCUCGCGCGCCGUGAAGCGCUACAAGUGCGGCGUCUGCAUGAAGUCUUACAUGUACAUGCACACGCUCAAGAAGCACAUGAUCAGCACGCACGUGCAGGAUCAAGAACAGCAACAACAAGUGCAGCAGCAACAAGUCCAACAACAACAACAGGUCCAACAGCAAGUCCAGGUCCAACAACAACAGGUUCAAGUCCAACAGCAACAGGUCCAGGUCCAACAGCAACAGGUCCAAGUCCAUCAUCAUCACCAGCAGCAGUCGCCGCAGCAGUUACAGCAGGUGUUGCAAGUUGGUGGUGUCCAGCAGUUGAUCCAUCAACAUGUGCCACAGGGCGCGCAACAAGCAUAUCCAGUCAUAUCAUCCGUCCAGUCCUUGCAACUACAGCAAACCCAGCACGUCAAUACGCAGCAGCAGCCGCAGCAACUUCAAGUGCAGACAAUACAGAUCCACCCGCAGCACCAACCGAUACAGAUCCACGCGGUGGGCGUGCAACAAGUGCAGCAGCAACAACUGCACGUGGCCACCUCGUCGUGCCAGACCAUGCUGCCGAAUAUCUUACAGCUACAGCCAGGCACAGUGGCGGUGUCCGGCCUCGGCCAGCAAGACCUGAGCGGCGUGGCCCACCGCAUCAUACUGCAGCAGCCGCCCAACCAAGCCAUCUACACUAUCCACCAUUGAGACUGUGCUUAGUAGAAAUCUUGAGGGUAAUGUUAUAUGCAGUCGUGUGAGAACUGAAGACCUUUAGUCUAUCGGAAGAUGCGUCAUUAUUAUUAUUCGACGUAAAGUUUUACAACUAUUUGUCGACAAUCAAGAUAUUUGUCUUCGGAUGUGGUGAUAAAACAAAAUACCUACUGCUACGUAAUGUAUUACGUAAUUUCCUGCAUUAGAAAUGUUAAGUUUUAUUUUGCUAGGUAAAGUAAAUGAAAUAUCACAACAUUUUACUGUGCCACUGUCUUCCACUGGACUAUGUAUACAUAUUAUUUAUAAUUUAAACCAGUUCUGUUGUAACCUAAUGAAUGGAUGAUAAUCACUCAAGUUUUUGUACAUUGUCUACGUAUUAGAUAUUAAUUUAAAAUGAACUAGUUUAGGAAGUGCCGAUAUUUAUUUGUAAAUGUGUAUUUUUAGUUUGUCAAUUGUACAUAAAUAGCACAAUUUUACUAGACAAAAUAAAAUGUAAGAAGAUAA